CCCAAGCUCUUUCAAAUUAGUCGACCAUUAAUAGCUACACCGCCUACACACUUCAAUUGUGCAGCACAGGUAAGUUUUCAAUUUUAAAAGUAAAAAAGUAACUUCCAACUACUUUAAGAAUGGUAGAUUCUGGUCGAAAAAAUGUUAUUGUAGUGCUUGAUACUAAAGGAGACGAGGACUCUGAUGAUAAUUUUGAGAUUGGUUUUUCGAAUGAGAAUGGAACAUUUUCUGAUCUUGCUUUGAUCACCCAAAAAUUGAUAGCCAAGAGUGAAACAGCUCGAAACUCUGUAAGGGAUCGUGACUUGGUUUUAAAAAGGCAAAGUUAUGUUAAAGAAGGGUUAUGGGUUGUUAUGGGUGAGGAUUCACCAGUUAAGUCUGGAUCUAUAAUUAAGUGUUCUUUCAAAACCCCAGCACAAAUGUCUCUCCUUUCUGCUACAAAAGAAAGCACAGUUUUGGCUCCUUCAACAAUGACAGUUGUUGCUACUCCUGGUACUUCGCAUGAUGGCUUUCUAGAAGACUUACCAAAUCAAUGGCAAUGGCAAUGGAUGACAGCGAUACCAUAUCUUAUGGUCAAAAUGUAGCCAAGAUGUUGGAUAUUUAUAAAAACGGAACGGCCCCUUAUAGUACUGCAGUGGACAAUCUCGUCAAACUUACUUUCUCGAUCAGAAGAAUUCGAGUUAUGCAAUGGAUACCUGAAUCAGGCAGAAUUGAGAAAUUCAUAGACAGCCACUGCCCAUUUCUUAAACAUCAAACUUUUCUUUUCUUCGAGUUUGAAUUAAUAAUGAAGAAACCAUGCGAAAUUUUUCGAGAAAUGUGGACCCAAUCUGCCAAAUUCAUCAUUGAAGCAGCGAAAACUACAAAUAAGAAACAAGUAGCAUCUCUAUUAUCGUCCAAACCUUUUCAGAACAUGUCGCCUGAAAUGUGUUCGAGAGCUGCCCUUGAAUUAUUACCAUUCUUGGUUCCUGGAAAAGGAAGAGGUGAUAAAGCAGCUCGACAUUUAGUCGAUUCCAGAAUGGAAUCAGCUAACCUUGCAAGUUGCAUCGAACAGGAAACAAGGGGAUCGCCGUUUAUCCUAUACAUCGGAUCGACAAUCCACCUCAUUUUGGAGGGUAAACCAUUUGUGAGAUUUAACACAACUGCGGAUGCUGUUAUUGGAUUAAUGGCAAGCUACUACGUCUUUCACUUCAAAUACAGCAACAAGGUUCAAAACGCAUUGCUGUUUCUUCAGUCCUACGUUUUAGGCGUAAAGGACGAAGCAACUGAUACUUGUCCAUCCGUCCAUUCCUUUUCCGCACUGGUGGAUAAAAUGAAGACUUCUUCAUUGUGUUUGUAAAUGUACUCCAAUUUAUGUUUUUCGGUUCCAAAUGUAUACUUUUGUGUUCUUCUUAAUA